AUGAGAGGUGAGCACAGGGGAGGGGUCCGGGCUAAACGGGGGGCGGGGCCCGCGGGUCGAUGCCCCACCCCCCGUCACAGCCUGACCGCCGGGGGAAAAGCCUCUGGGCGGAGGAGGUGCUUUCAAAACAAAGAAAUGCGGCUUGGAACCCGGGGGACUGGGGUGGUGAGGAAGGCGGAGGAGGUGCGGCUGAGGCCGUCCGGCCGCCCGCUUCCCCUCCAGUCAGCCCGGAGGAGCUCCCCCCACCCCCAGCCCGAGCUGCGGUGCCGGAGAAGAGGGAGGAGGCUGCGUUAGGCGGCUGUUUUCCAGUUCACUUUUGCAGACCAAGGCGGAGAAGAAGAGCACCAGCUCCGCUGCCCCUCUUGGCUGCGGCGCAUUCAGCCCCGAGCCCCGCGUGCGCUCUGUCUCGGAUACCGAGCCGGCCAAAGUGUCCGGAAACGCGCAGAGUGCUCGGAACCUGUCCCGCAGCUGUGCGACACGCGUCUCGAGCUGGCCGCUGCCGCCCCGCCCUCGCGCUCCUUCAGCCCCGCGGGCUGAGAAGCCGGCCCGCCCGCCGGCGCGGAGCUGGGGAACUUGAACUGGCCCCAGCGGCCGCUCUGCCGAGAUCCCGCUCCAGGCCCGGGGGUGCUCCGCCUCGGGGUAGAGGGCACACCCGGGAAGUGGAUUUAGCAAACACACCUUUGAACAGAUCCAGGAGACCAGAAAAACUUACCACCCACAGCUACUCUUCAUAAUCAAAGUCAUUGGAUGAAGACAGGCAGGUCACUGAAAGCCAUAACCAUAAAAGAAAAAAAUUGAUAAAAUGGACUUCGUUGAAAUUAAAAAUUUCUCAUCAAAAGAGACCAUUAAGAAAAUGAAUAGGCAAGCCAUGGACUGGAAGAAAAUAUUUGUGAAACAUAAACUUGACAGAGGACUGAUAGCCACAAUAUAUAGAGAACUCCUACUCAGUAAUAAAGACAAAAAAAUUGCUUGAAUGGAUAGAGGAUUUGAAAAGACAUUUCACAAAAGAAGAUGUAUGAAUGGCAAAUAAGCACAUGGUGAUGUGUUCAAUGUUCUUAGUCAUUAGGAAAAGGGAAAUUAAACCCACAAUGAGAUAUCAUCACGUACUCACCAGGAUGACAACGCUAAAUGCAAGCUAGGAUGCGGAGCAACUGGAACUCUCAUGCAUUGUUGGUGGGAAUAUUAAAUGGAACAUCUGUUUUGAAAAAGGAAUAGCAGUUUCUUUAAAAACUAAACAUACACCAAAGACAAAUAUCAUAUGAUAUCGCUUAUAUGCAUAAUCUAAAAAAAAUGAUACAAAUGAACAUAUUUACAAAACAGAAACAGACUCACAGAC